CAAAACAUCGCGAGACUUUCUCCUUCCAGUCUCCGCCCCUUUACGGCACGAUGGUCGCACAAGAAUGUGAUACAGCCUCGACGGCCGCCAUUUUCUUUCUUUCUUAGCAGUUGGCUGAGGGAAGGUCUCUGCGAGGCAGCGGCAGCGGCCACUGUAGCGUAGACAUGGCAGACUACUCAACAGUGCCUCCGCCUUCUUCUGGCUCAGCUGGUGGUGGAGGCGGCGGCGGCGGCGGCGGCGUUAACGAUGCGUUCAAAGAUGCGCUGCAGAGAGCACGGCAGAUUGCAGCAAAAAUUGGAGGUGAUGCUGGUACAUCACUGAAUUCAAAUGACUAUGGUUAUGGGGGACAAAAAAGACCUUUGGAAGACGGAGAUGGCUCUUGGACAAGUCCGAGCAGUACAACACACUGGGAGGGAAUGCCCUCUCCUUUUAAAGAUCAACCAGAUGCUAAGAAAGUUGCUCCUCAGAAUGACUCUUUUGGAACACAGUUACCACCGAUGCACCAGCAACAAAGCAGGUCUGUAAUGACAGAAGAAUACAAAGUUCCAGAUGGAAUGGUUGGAUUUAUAAUUGGCAGAGGUGGUGAACAGAUCUCACGCAUACAACAGGAAUCUGGAUGCAAAAUACAGAUAGCUCCUGAUAGUGGUGGCCUUCCAGAAAGGUCUUGUAUGUUAACUGGAACACCUGAAUCUGUCCAAUCAGCAAAACGGUUACUGGACCAGAUUGUUGAAAAAGGAAGACCAGCUCCAGGCUUUCACCAUGGUGAUGGACCGGGAAAUGCAGUUCAAGAAAUCAUGAUUCCAGCUAGCAAGGCAGGAUUAGUUAUUGGAAAGGGAGGAGAAACUAUUAAACAACUUCAGGAGCGGGCUGGAGUUAAAAUGGUUAUGAUUCAAGAUGGGCCUCAGAACACUGGUGCUGACAAACCUCUUAGGAUUACAGGAGACCCAUACAAAGUUCAGCAAGCCAAGGAAAUGGUGUUAGAGUUAAUUCGUGAUCAAGGUGGCUUCCGAGAAGUUCGAAAUGAGUAUGGGUCAAGAAUAGGAGGAAAUGAAGGGAUAGAUGUCCCUAUUCCAAGAUUUGCUGUUGGCAUUGUAAUAGGAAGAAAUGGAGAAAUGAUUAAAAAAAUACAAAAUGAUGCUGGUGUUCGAAUUCAGUUUAAGCCAGAUGAUGGAACAACACCUGAUAGAAUAGCACAAAUAACAGGACCUCCAGACCGAUGUCAACAUGCUGCAGAAAUUAUUACAGACCUUCUUCGAAGUGUUCAGGCUGGUAAUCCUGGUGGUCCUGGACCUGGUGGUCGAGGAAGAGGUAGAGGUCAAGGCAACUGGAACAUGGGACCACCUGGUGGACUACAGGAAUUUAAUUUCAUUGUACCAACUGGGAAAACUGGACUAAUAAUUGGAAAAGGAGGUGAAACCAUAAAAAGCAUAAGCCAACAGUCUGGUGCAAGAAUAGAACUUCAGAGAAAUCCUCCACCUAAUGCAGAUCCUAAUAUGAAAUUAUUUACAAUUCGUGGCACUCCACAGCAAAUAGACUAUGCGCGGCAACUUAUAGAAGAAAAGAUUGGUGGCCCAGUAAAUCCUUUAGGGCCACCUGUACCCCAUGGGCCCCAUGGUGUCCCAGGCCCCCAUGGGCCUCCUGGGCCUCCAGGGCCUGGAACUCCAAUGGGACCAUACAACCCUGCACCUUACAAUCCAGGACCACCUGGCCCUGCUCCUCAUGGUCCUCCGGCUCCUUAUGCUCCCCAGGGGUGGGGAAAUGCAUAUCCACACUGGCAGCAACAGGCCCCUCCUGAUCCAGCUAAGGCAGGAACGGAUCCAAAUUCAGCAGCUUGGGCUGCCUAUUAUGCUCACUAUUAUCAACAGCAAGCACAGCCACCACCUGCAGCUCCUGCUGGUGCACCAACUACAACCCAAACCAAUGGACAAGGUAACUAUGGAGAUCAGCAGAAUCCAGCUCCAGCUGGACAGGUUGAUUAUACCAAGGCUUGGGAAGAGUAUUACAAGAAAAUGGGUCAACAAGGGCAGACACAAGAUUAUUCAAAAGCUUGGGAGGAAUAUUACAAGAAGCAAGGUCAAGCAGUUCCUGCUCCUACUGGUGCUCCACCAGGUGGUCAGCCAGAUUAUAGUGCAGCCUGGGCUGAGUACUAUAGACAACAAGCAGCCUACUAUGCCCAGACAAGUCCCCAGGGAAUGCCACAGCAUCCUCCAGCACCUCAGUGCAGGUUUGAUCCAGCCAGUAUAGAACUAGCUCUGUAGGGGUGAGGAGGACUGUGCUGUGUAUCAUCCUUGAUUGUGUUCCUUCAAGGAGCAUUGCACUGUAAGUACAUCAGAAUGACAAAUUGAUGAACUGCAACAGUAUCUUUUUGUCAAUGUUCCACAUAAUGUAAAUGCCAUACUUUGUGUGAAUAUUAUGUUGGAAUACAGUGCUGAUAUCUUGGAAAACCAUAACUGCUUCUUAAUUUAAUAUAGAAUAAUACAUAGAUCUGUAUUUUUUUUUUAAGUGAGCUUAAUGGGUAAGUAUUUUUGAUAUGCUUUAGCUAUAGCUAAAGAAAACUGAUCAUUAAAUUGAAUAGUAUUACUCAUUGGUGCUCCUAAAAUAUAUUGCUUUUCAGUGUACAGUAUGCAUAUCUUCUAUAUUAAUAUGAAAGACUUGAAAUGUAUCAGACAGAAGUGGUUUUCAGUUUGCAAAUAUUAAGCAAUGUAGCAGUUUAACACCAUUUCAUGAAUAUAGUAGUUCUUUCAUUGGUGGGGAGCACCAAUUGUUCUGAAUAUACUAUUAAGGGAGAUGUACAAGGAACAUAAAUGUUGAGAUUACUUAUAGGGUAGAAAAUAGUUCAGUUCAUUAUAGAUAUUUUGAAAUGUUUUUGAUUGUUUUUAUAGAACCUGGAGUGACUUCCCUUGCCCUUAUUUAGAUAUGGAUAUAUAGUUCUAGUUUGAAGUUUAAUAGUUAAGGAGUUAGUUAUGUGUUAUCUUUAAGAGUAGGGCUAUUGACAUGAACAAUUUCAGUAUUUUGCAUGAUACUGUUUAUAGAUGACCUUUUAGGAAAGUGGUGCAUUUAUUAAUUAAACUGAAGAAAUAGUUCAGUUGGAUUCAAUAUCAUAACUCACAAAUUGGAGGCUGUUGAUUUUGAUUCAUUUAAGGUUUAAAAUCUUUAUUAAUUGCAAACAGUGCAAUUAUUUAUACUUCACAGUGCCUUCCCAGACCUUCCACCUUAGGUUCUGCUGCAAAAAGCAACAGGUAAGCACAACCUAAGGACAUAUAUAAAUAAAUAUUUCAGUACAUUAAUGUUGUCCCUGUGAGGUUUUUGUGGUUGUGUAAUUCAAAAGCAAUCUGCUACUGCUUCCCCAAAAUGUAUUUUGUUAUUUAUGCUACCAUUUCAGUGGAAAGUCUGUAAGUUGUUCAAACAACUGUUUACAUUUCUGGGUAAUGGUUUUUGGGGGUUUUUUUUUGGUUUUGGUUUUUGUUUUUUUAUUAAAACAAAAAAGAAAUGAUGAGUAGAUUGCUGCUGUAAUUGAACUACAUCCAAACUUUUUGUAAUCUUUUCCCAACCAUAGAAGGAUUGUUCAAAUUAAGAAAGGGCAAUUACAUACUUUUCUAGAUUUAGGGUAUCGCUUGGUUAGAAACUUUCAACAGCCUUCACAAUCUUUUUAAGAUUGACAGGACAUUUUCUUUGCCCUCCAAAACUAUGGAGUCUUUAUUUUUUUUCUUGAAGUUUAAUAAUUCAGUAAGGACAUUAUGGGUCAGAGUUUUAUUAUGACUUUUUUUAGACCAUUCAGUUUUCAUAACUUUUAUAUACACUGAAAAAGGAAAAAUUUAUAAGGAAUACUGGCAGUAUGUUUUGAUAAGGCAUGUGCAUCAGUGAAAUGUUAACUGUAUAGCAAAUAACCUUUCAUAAUCUGUGUAGCAACCAAUAUUUUUCUGAUUUAUAAUACUUUAAUAACUGACGCUGCAUUUUAUUUUUGCCAGUUUAAAAUGUUUGUGUUCUUAUAGAUGAUUUUAACUGGUACCUAUUUUGAGUUAAGAUGAAUGUAUUAAAGCAGCAUCAUACCAGUUUUGUUUAUUCAAUUUCUAAAAUGUGCUGAUCCUUUUAAAAACUUCCUGCUUAUCUCUACAACAAAGAAAAAUAUUCAAAAAUACUGCCUUCAUUUUCACACACAGUGCUGAAGAUGCUGCAAGCACCAAAUCAUAGCUCAUAAAAUCAGGUCCUGAGAUAGUUACCCAUAAAGAGGAAUCCUUUGAGUGUAUGCCAUUGGUGAGCCGAUGAGCAUGGACCAUAGAAGGGCUCAAUGUAGAAGGUAAAAUUGGCAAAUCAUAAUUGAGAAAUAUGAAAUGUAUUCCCAUACAUAAUAUGGUAUAGGGUGUAAUGUACCUGCUUUUGAUCACUUUUCAUUUUAAAGUGCUAUUCGCUUAAUCUUAAAUGUUCCAUGAACUGUUAAAUUUUGUAAGUUAAGUAGUUGCUGCACCACAUUUAUGUGUGUGUAUGUGUGUAUUGUUUUAAUGGUCAAUGAUAGGUAUGUUAAGACUGAUAAAUAUAAAGGAGCUCUUUGAAUCUUUUAAGAGCCUGUCAAGUUUUGGUUAGUUGCAGUUUGCAUUUUUAAUAAAAUACAGAUGAAUGCUAAUAGAUAUUGGGGCAUUGUUUCUAUCUUCAAGAGUUUUUUUAUUCAUUACCAUAAGCCUUCACUGAUACUGCAUUUUUUUAAAUGGCGCUAAUUUUAACCUUGAAAUAAAUGGAAAGCAGAAAAGGUGAGCCAGUUGACUUGAAUGCAAUGGAUGUUAGGAGUGGUAGAAACAAUGUUUAGAUUGAAAUUGAUUUAUUUUACUUAGCACUUAAAAACUUGACGAUGUGUUUUGUUUUUUAAAGAUAUUAUAGUGUGGUCAUACGUAGAAUUCUUAUGGUUUGAUGUUUCUUUUAGAAAUGAAAAGUAUACUUUUAUUUUUAAUUAAUGAAAAUGGUUUUAAUACUAAAACAAGUGAUUUAAUACUAGUUGUUUAUAAACAUUGUAAAAUAUUUCCUUAGACAAAUACCUUGGUAGUUAAUUCAUAAGGGUGGGGUUUGGGUAGGAGUAGCAGAGUUACCUUAAGAGGGAAAUAGGAAUAUAUGCACAAAUGAUAACAUUUGUUUGAAUACUCUGCCAGGAAAACCAGUUCUAUCUGCAGACAUCUGUUGUCUAGAAUAAGGAUGUAGAAAUGAUCAAUGAGGAUGUCUUUUUAUUUUCUGAAAAUUCUGCCUCAUUUAAAAUGUAUUUUAACAAUACCUAAAGAUGAUUUUCACUCUGAAAAUAACCUUAUUUUUUGUUUAGUCACUUGAGUUUUCUUGCCACAGUAUAAACUUCUGAGGGAUUUUUUUAAAUUGGUGCUUUUAAGAAGCAGAUCCCAAGGUUUUAUUUUCUUCAAUGAUAGCCCUAUAGAAACUCUUAAAUGUAUUUGCGCAUAUAUCUAUAUAUUUUUUCUUAUGCAUGCUCGAUGCAUUUUCGUCCUGAGAAAAGUGUUCUCUACAGAAACUACCCGUGUGUAAAAAGAAGAUUGGCUUAAAAUGGCUACUGUGAUGGGAACAGUGUCUUAGGGAGAUGCAGCUUGGACUUGAGGUAAAUUGAAUACUUUACAAACUGUGGUUUAGAGUUUGCUUUAAUGACAUUGUAUGUAAAAGGGCACAUGAUUGCUGUAAUUUUGUAUUGAUUAUGGUUUCUUCAAUAAAAAAAUAAAUGUACAUUGACAAUUAU